CGGCUUCACUCGGGAUAACUGAACGUGGCGUCGUUGGCUACCCUGGGGUGAGAAAAGCACGGCUGUUGCUCGGUUUGUUCAGUGUGGGAGACUGCUGUGUGAUAACAGUGUUUGUGGCGUCUUUGAACUGAAAAAAAAAACAGGACUUUAUAGACACUAGCUCUCCCCGCUUCGUAACACAUAAGACGAUGAAUGGUAAGUCAACGAACGGCACGCUGGGGGGAAUGGCCUGCAUCGAGGGUCUACCGCCGCUGCCGAAGAGCCUGAGCGGGUUGCUGAACUCAAGCGGCGGCUCCUGGAGAGAAAUGGAGAGGAUGUACGUGAAGAAAACCAUGAUCCAGGACGACCUGAGCAGAGGCAGGAACAAUGCCGAUAACCUGCUGGCCAACAAGCCGGCCAACCUCGAUGCAGCACUGGCUCUGCUGCGAAAAGAAAUGGUGGGGUUGCGUCAGCAGGACAUGUCCCUGCUGUGCCAGCUGUGGUCGCUCCACGAGUCCAUCCAGGAGUACAAGGGGAGCUGCCAGGACCUUAGCGCAGCCUCCAGCCUCAGCAUGAUGGAGAAUGGCUACUUUGACGAGGAUGACGAGUAUUACCCGGAGCCUGGUUCCACUCCCACCGGGGAACAGCCGGAUGGAGACAUUGGAGAUGGGAUGGCAACAAUGGGGGCAGCCAAGAAUGGGAGCGGCAGUGGCAAAGGGGACAGCUGGGACUCCUUUCGCGUUAACAUCUGAGGCCUCGUUGUCAGCAUUUUUCUUAGUGUGGAUGCAUAUUUUUGGGUUGACAGACUGGAUUAGGCUGGAGGAGAAACCUUUUUGGCCUCCAGGGAGUGAGUGGCUGGUGAGAGACAACAGACUAUGGCGUCUCGUGGAACUGUAAAAAUCCAGCUACCUUAAACACCUCCUCAGGUCAAACAUCCGCCUGCUUGUGUUGCAGAACGUUGUUUCUGCAGCGUGACCAGGAGCUUCAUCAAACUGCAGAUCUGAGCGAUCAGAUAUUUUGAGAAGUUACUCUCUUAACAACCUCUGAAACACUCAGGGGUUGGGAUCAAUUGUAUCCAGCGACUCGAUAUAGUCAAAAUUCGGCAAUAUACAUAUAUAUAUAUACACACACACUUCUUUUUGUAAACAGCUUUAUUGCUGCUUCUAUGUCCGUUUGUUUUGUUAGACAGUCACUUUCUUUUUGGCUGAACUUUUUUUUUAAAAUUUACAUAUACAAAAAUAUAUGAACAAAGUUUUAUUAUUUAUUAUAUAAUAUAAAUAACAAAAUAUUUGCUUUCCUGUUACUCUAUUGACAUUUUCUACUGCACCGUUCCUCAGCAUUUACAGGUUGGAAAGAAUCCCAGAAAUCCAGAGCUUUGCAAUCAAAAAGAUGACUGACUCUGUGGACAUAUUAAUGGAGACAGUGUGUGUGUUUCUUCUAAGUGGUGAAACCAUUAAUUUACAUCAACCCCUUGGGGUCCAACCAGAAGUAGUAGUACGGAGAAAGAGAUGAGGUCCUCAUAUCCAGUGAGUUUGUGUGCAGGUAUGAGGUCUUCACCAUCCUGCCUUUAGGUGGAGCAGAUAUCUGCUCAGGAAAUGUGAAAUCUUCAGAAUGCUGGAAACAGUUUUAACUGUUUGCAGAGGUGAAAAACCCCAAGCCCAGCGUGCUGUGUUGCAGAUAUAGUGCUUCAGCACUUUACAGGCAUAUCAGACAUGUCUCUGUUCUCAGACUUUGUAGUGUUCAGGACACAUCUGCCUGAAUUUAACUUUCUGCUUUAAUAUUAUCUAUCUUUAAGAAACAUUUACUUAAAGAUUAAAACAGAACUCAGUUUAUUUCUGGAUCUUGGUUUCAUUGUAUUUAUCAAUUUAAGUGGGGGUCUGCCCCAAUCAAGGGUUGGCUGGUUCAAACACUGAACAUUCAGAUAUUAGUUUCUUGAGGUCAGUAUUAACAUGAAUAGAAAUGCAAAGACUACCUAAGUUGAAACAAGAAUUAUUCUUCAAAAUAAUAGAAUUAUUCUAUUAUGGAUGAUAAUGAGCAUUAAAAGAAAUUAUGAAGCCACAUACAAAUAUGGCCAAGAGCUGAGCUGUGAUCUGGUAGCUGGAACAUUUUUCAUUAUGGAAACAAAAAAUAAAAAAUCUACACAUUUUCUCACUUUUUCAUGGUGCAGUUUGUUUUUAGACACUUUUUUUUUAAAUGGGACCUAUUGUGCUGAUAUCACUUCCAUGCUGGCUUUGCAUGAUUCACAGUUUACAGUAAUCUUUCUUUGAGUUUAAAAAAACAAACAAACAAACAAAAAAACCCUUGCCCUUCAUGGGGAUUUCUUACUGACCUCCUUUUUUAUUGAUUGAUUUUGUUCCUUUUAGAAACAUUUUUGCAUAAUAGGUCCCUUUUAACUUUUUCUGGUCCCAGUGGCCUUCAAAUAUCACCCACAGUGUAAAUAAACAUCUGUAGCUCUAAACCUAGUAGCAACUAUCACACGAAAACCCGGUGCUUUAUACUCUUAUGCAUCGAGAUCUUAACCAAUCUCAUUUUAGCGUCAUGUGCUCUGUUAAGUGUGACAGAUGCCCGUGCAGGAUUAAGCUCAUUUUUAAGUCAUCCUUGAGGAAUAUAAAUCUGAUUAUAUCAGCAUUUGGUCAUCUUUGCAUACGUUAUAGGGGCUCUUUAACGAUCUCUGCUCCCAUUACAAUAUGACGGUGGUCAUUAAUUAGAUUGUAACAACAAAAAAAAAAAAAAGUGCUUGUUUUUGCUUUGGUUGGGUUUUUUUUUUAAUCAGAAGAACUUGCCUUCAUUGCCUCAUCUAUAAUAAAAAAAACAACUAAGUUAAAAUUCCUUCAAUCUAAAAUCUAAACAAAAUCUAAAAUCUUGACUGUUUAAGACUUUUGGAUGUGAAAAUCCUCUUUGUAAACACAUGAAUGGUCUACUCAGGCUUCCUAAGUAUCUAAACUCUGCAGCAAAGGUCUCAGCUCAGCCUGUAGCAUACAACACAGCUACAGACACAGCACAGCAGCUGUGCUGUCAAUCAUAAAUUGAGUUUCUGAACUCACCAUCGCUUUGAGAAGAUAUCGAGGGUUCAUCUUUGCACAAAUGUGCUCAUAUUUCGUCACCUGUCUGUACGUCAGUCCGCUAUUUGAACACAAACCAAAGAGAGUACGCCACUCAGCAUUGUAUUUGGUUGACAUUGCUGAUGUAGGCGGGAUCUGGCUAUGUUGAACUUAAAACUUAACAUCUGGUGUCUUGACGAAUGUUGUUAGGAGUUUUUUGGAGCUGAUGAAUGAAGGACAUUUGGUUGGCCUUUUGAACAGUUGGCCGCCUUCUUCCCCACUCAAAGACCAGCGUUUUCAGUUGACUGAAUUAAAAUGUCACCGACCAGUGAAAGUCUAGAGGAUUGAUUUAUGACAAGUGAAGAGUCAGAUGUGUCGCAAUAACAUGUGGAUAUGAAACCAUGUUUCCGCAAGCACAGUAACCCUUGAUCUUCUAACUUCUCUCUAAAAUCUGUCGACAUCAAGAGUUUCUGAUUUAACCGGAGUAGUCUGACAUUUUGGGAAAAUGUUUCAGUUACAUACUUCAUCUGUUAAACGUAAAGUCAAACCAGCACAAUCACCAGAUGGGGAAGUAGCGAGCAUUACUAUGUCUUACUGCCUCCAUUUCCCAGACAUGGAUUAAGCUGAGAUAGACCAUAAACUUUUUCCCCUGGAGGUCCUCCUAGGAUUUAGUCUGGGAGGAGGUUAAUCCGUGUUGGAGAGUAACAAAAUCCACUGGCAAGCACUUUUAAAGUUGCCACUUUGACAUAGUUUUGUUAUCCAUAUAACCUGGACCUGGUGUGUGAAGUAAUUUUAAACAUUACCAUCACAUGGGGACACAAAGUGAACAAUGGUUGAUUGUUUUUUGAGCAGGAUGAAGUUUGGGGUGGAGCAAAGCUAAACUCUGUUGUCACCAUAAAAGGAUGCAAGUUCUCCUUGAGGUUUAUCAUAUAUAUGUUUUUCCUGAUCUAAGCUUGGACAAACUUUUUUUUUUGCCUCUUGCAUAUGUAACUACUCACUUUUAUUCUGAACCUUUCCAUAAUGCAUUUGCAACUUUCUGACUAGUCUUAUUAUUUAACAGAGUCCAUUGACUUUGGUUCCAGUGUUCUGAUAAGUUGAAAUGAUUGUUCUCUGUUUCUCUCUGUUGCUUUUUAUGAUCCACAUUUAAUGAAACUUAACUUUGUCUGUGAAGUACACCUGUAUGCGACUGCUGCCAACAUUUCUAGUCGGAUUACACAUUUAGGGUCAGGUAAAGCACCUGUUUUACUACUGCAGUCUACUGCUAAUCUGAAGCCGAAAGCACGUUUGAUUAAACGGUUUUAAACCACUGACGUUUAGGACACGAGUCACAUCUUGAUCCCAGGUUUUCUAUUGGAUGUCUACCCAAUUAGUGCCUUUUUAUAAGAUGUCCAAGAUGGGAAUGAACAUAUACCAUAAGUCAUAUGAACUGAUUGGCCUGUACUUUGGUUUUUAAAGCUGCUACAUGUGGAAUUUGAAACAUAAUGACUUUAGCAAUCUCACAAAACUCAUUCUGAAGCUGUGCCAGAAAUAAAUGAAUGUCAUGCUGACAUGUCGCUCUCCUCCAACUCCAACGAGUCCCUAAUUUGGAUCUGUUGUUAAUUAUACUCUUCUCUGUCAAAAGAUUGUUUGGAAUUUUAUUGGCAGGGAUGCAGCUGUUGGGAACGGUGUACUGCUGACACCCACUGAAAUUUGAGUUGCUCUAGCAAAAGUGAGACAUCUCUCUUCUUGUUUUGGUUGAUGCUUAGAAGAAAUUGUACACCUCAAAAUAAAAGGACCCUAAUGUAUGGCAGUUAUUUCUUCAGAAUGCAACUUUAAAGUACACGUAACAAUUUUACCGUCAAGAACUUGUAUCAGCCUUAAAGUCAGCUGAGGCAUUUGCAAACCGAGCUAGGUGGUGCACUCCUCACUUGUUCUUCAAGUCUGUUUUUUGCACUUGUUUGUGCCUGUUGCUGUGUUAAAUCCCCAAAAAUACGACUACCUGACCAUCUUUGAGUUUGUCACUACUACACAGAUGCAUGGUGCUCUUUGUACGCUUACACUAUUGUAGCUUAACCCAGCACAAGAGAGCUAAGAAGAAGCUUUAAAUUGAACACCAGCAAAUUGUACUUAAUAUUGUACCGUUGCCACGUGUGUUGCCUGUUCUGUACACUAAAAUAUGCCCCUUUUUCACAUGAUUAUUGGAUGUGUAACAUGGAGAUUUCAUCUCAGGGUAAACUUAAAAUAAAUUUGUUGGGUUUUUUUUGGGUGGUUUUGACUCCUGACAAAAUAGCAUACUUCCCUUAAACAAUGGCUCUCGAACUAAAGGUGAACAAUGCUAUGUCACACCCACUUACAGUGAGUCAUAAUUAUGAUUCAAUGGUUUGGUGCAAGUCUCAUAAUCAAAGGGCAAACUUUGCACCAACUUUGAACAAUCAGGAGGCGAAGACGCCAAGUGCAAAACAACCACAAAAGCUUGACAUAGUUUGACUUAAGUGCGGAUUGCUGCUGCAAUCACGGUCACGCCUGAGCGUUCACACCCAUGCUGUAGUGGUUGUGAAAAGCGUUUUGGAAAACCUAGUGAGGGUUGUGGCACUUGAAUGGAGAAUAACUUGAACAUUACUUCCAGUGAGGAAAAAAAAUAGCUGAAGGUGUGUAAUGUGUGUGCGCCUUUUCUGCAGCUGACCAAAUCUGACCUGUGUCCAAACCUGGGUUUGAAAACGUGAUUGAGCCAAGACAGUUCAUUAUUUUACAAGUGACAUGUUUAUCAGUAGGCCUGAGUAUGCAGAUGUAACCUAUUGAGGAAAUCAGAGAAGUAAAUGCAAUUUCAUUCGUGUUUGUUCUUUAUAUCUCUUAUCGUAAUCGUUCAUUAACUUGCUUUAGUGAAAAGAAGGAUUUUAUGUAUUGUUUUUUUUGAAUAAGUAACAUUUGGAGAACACGUGAAGGCUGUGUUGCCGCCAUCUAUCAUUCCUCCUGUUCUCUUAUCCAUGAAUGACCACACUGCUGUUUGUUUGGACAGUACUCUCUCAUAGUUAUACUGUUAUGAAUUUAAUAAAGCGGUUCUGUACUUUUCAGGUUUUUGGAGUGAUGUUUUUUUGCCUUCAGACUUCUAAAUUAAACUGACAUGAAUAGCAGAUCAACAAUUAAAGCACAGUUAUGUUUUAGUAGAAUUUAAUUUGAUACUUUGGGGAGAUAUGGGAUCUAUGGGUAUAUUAAUGAUUGUACCAGAUCCAAUGACAUCCUCUCCAGGUGUUUCUGAGAUAAAGCAUUCAUAAGGGUUGUGAAAGUGAGCUUAUAGGAACCACGUCCUUAGUUCCAUGACACAAGUGGCUGUAGAUAUUAUGCUCUUGGUUGUGUUUUCUAUCGAUCUCUAUUUUCAUCUUAUAACUGAAAAACAUCUGGAGAGCAUUUCAUUACAUCUGGAAUAAACGUUCACUUGGACGCAAAAAUCAACAGGUCAGGUUCAUCAAAGGUCAAAUCUCUCUCAUUUUUAAGUUAUUUCCCAGGCCCACCUAGAGGGAUUUAUGUAUAUAUAUUUUUUAACAUCUAGCCCAAAAGUUAAUUUGGACUUGGGGCUGAACUGAUUAGAUUUUGGUCAUCAAAUUUUACUAUGACCUCACUCCCGAGUGCAACUAGAGAGAAUUUCAGUACAUUUGGAACAAAUGAUUUUGGAAGUAAAGGUUCGGAUAUUUCACCUUCUUAAUCUACUUACUUACAUACAUGAAAGUAUGUAAGUAAAAUUUAAUGUUCUAAUGAGAUUUUUGACCGUUGGUCAAACACAUACCUCAGGAACAGAAGGAGGAUUGUGACCAUAUUUCAUAAUUGGUAUAGUUCACUGAAUUAUACCAAUUAUAAUUCAGUGAACUAUACCAAUGAACUAGUAUGAACUAUACCAAUGAACUGGUGUAGUUCAGUGAACUACACCAACCUUCACAUUAUACAUUUCAUUUGGACAGACUGGCUGGCAGACACCUGUAAUGUGAUCAUUCUGGUUUGAGCAGAGUAGCCAGCAGCUCUGUGGGGCUGCAGAUGCUUUGAGUAAAAUGCAAAUGUCAGCAUGCUGACAACAGCAAUGCUAAAUCUCUCUUAUCCAGCAUAGUAUUUUAAUACACUAUCACUCAGCAUAAAGCCCUAAGCACACAGUACAGGUAAAGUUGUUGAGGUUGUAUUUACAAUAAAAUUUAGAGUAUGUAUUUAAUUUUGUAGUGAUACUUUUGUUAUUUUUAUAUACUUGUUUUUGCUUCAAAACCUAAAUUGUGCUGGUGAAACAUUUAAUGUGCUUAUGUGUGCACAGAUACAGCCUGCACCAGGAGAUUUUCUGGAGAGCAAUUCAUUUCAAGCUUGGUGGUCAUCCUAGGCUAGGAAACAUCCUGUGGUAACCUCGAACAUGUGUUCCAAAUACUGCUCUAACCUAAAAACUUUAAUCCACUUGUGGCACGACUGGAUAAGUAAGUUGCUUGGUCUUUAAUUAUUAUCUCAAUCUGUUUUGAAGUUGUUGAGACGUUUCACUUUCGAUCACUGUUACUGCCAACCUGGCAAACUAACCACUAAUCAUGUAGGUAUGCCACAAACAGGCUAAAAAAAUAAAACAUUUACAUUUGCACUAUUUACACC